CCCACAAUGUUUUCGCUUAAAUUGACAUUUCCAUUUUUUUUUCUUUUACCCCACAACUGACAUCUCCUGGUAGGUUCAGUUUUGCUUAUUUAUCUGAAAGCUGGUCAGCUCUUUUGACUGACCCAGCUUUGCUUGCUCUGGUCCUCCCCCAGCAGCUGAAUGAAUUGGUGGCUCCUUCUCCUCUGGCAAGCCCUUCUCCCCACCUCAGGGGCUGUGACUGGGAGAAUUUUAGCUGUUGAGAAAAUGUCUGCAGUUGAAGGCACCUCAGCUACUUUGCAGUGCAACCUCAUACAUACUACAGCUGAGGUCACACAGGUCAUCUGGAAGAGGAAUGAGCAACUUCUUGCUGUUUGUGACUCUGUUUAUGGAUCUUUGAUCAACCCAGUCUUCAGAAGGAAGGUAAACUUGGCUCUGGACUAUGGCAUCACUCUCCUGUCCUUAACUGUCAAUGACACUGCCGAGUACCAUUGUGACUUUCACACCUUUCCUGAUGGGAUUUACAAAGGAAACAUUUUCCUGGAAGUCACAGAACGAAAUCUUCCAGGAGAUUCAGCAGCUGAGGCAUUGGACAACUCCUAUUCAAGGAUCUCUUUUGGAGUCAUGGUCUCCGUGAUAAUAAUCAUUGCUGCCACAGUCAUCAUGUUGGUGAUCUUGGGUGUCAAGAGAAAAACCUUCAGGAUCAGUUCAGCAAACUACGGCCUCCAAAGUCCCUCUGAACAGAAUGAACUGAGCCCCAGCUCUCAUGGUAGGUGUGUCCAACUAGAAGCCACACCAAUGACCAUCAGUCAAGAUUAUCAGCAAGAAAAUGACUCAGCACAAUCCCAUGAAUAUUUUAAUAUCCUUAGUUAUAGAAGUUUGAGUAGCUUUAACUUACCAGUGGAGACAAGGUAAUCUCUUAAAAGUGCUUGCAAAACAGCCCUUGUAUUUUGUACAUAUAUGUGUGUAUAUAAACAC